CGACGGCGUAACGACCGAUGUGGCUCUUCCAGUUGGUCGUUCGAGUUUAACUGACGCUAAUCGGUGGCCGACGUUGCCAGUGAUUGCGCAACGGCGGAGACGGCGACGGCGUAAUUAACGGAGUUUGAUUUUGUAUGUAUAAAACAAAAUUCAGGCGAAACAAAACUCAGAGUAUUAUUUGGUAAAGCAAUUGACCAGUUGUUCGCAGUUGAUCCAGGAACUUCAGAAGAAUGUCACGGUUUAGAUCAUUGUGGCAAGCUUCGGUGAAUGCAACAAAGAGGGCUCUAACCUGGGAACUCGAAGAAUGGGUACCGCCUGUGGAGAAGUGUAUAUUCAAGUUCAAUUCAAAAGAAGACCUGAAGACAUGGCACCUGUAUUCUGAUUCUCAAUAUGGAGGAUUAUCUUCAGCUUCGUUGGAAAUUAAAGAUGGAGGAAAUGGAUCAGAUUGCACUGGUGUUUUCUCUGGGAACCUCUCUACAGAGAUGAGCGAAGGCUCGAAAUGGAAUCGGAGUGGUUUCUGUGGCAUGAGAUCAAAGAAGUUUGAUGGCUUUAUUGAUCUCGACGGGUAUGAUUCCAUAGCCCUGAGGCUCAAAGGAGAUGGAAGAUGCUAUAUCUCUACUAUAUAUACGGAGAACUGGGUGAACUCGCCAGGACAAGCAGAAGAUAACUCAUGGCAAGCUUUUGUUUUUGCUCCAAAAGGAAACUGGUAUACAGUUAAGGUUCCUCUUGCUCGGUACUUACCAACAUGGAAAGGAAAUGUGAUAGAUGCAGAGAUGGAGAUGAAUCCAGGUCGUGUUGUGGGUAUGUCUCUAUAUGUUAAUUCGCAAGGAGGUGGUUUUAUUGGAGCUAAAUUAGGCGCAGGCGAUUUCCGAGUCGAAAUUGACUGGAUCAAAGCAUUGAGAAUGCCAUGAAUGAUGAAGAAAAUGAAAAAAACAAAACUUUCGCAUUUGAGAACCAUGAAGAAAUUGAUGUUCUCUGGUUUACUUGUAAACCGGGAUUCGGUUUAAUCGGAUCUAAAGCUGAAUUGACAACAACGUUCGUGAAUUGACUUCCUGCAAAGCAAAGAGAAAAAGUAAAGAAAUAAAUUA